AUGUCCAACUGUGCCUACAAGCGGACACUGAUCAUCGGUCGGGGCAAGUUUGGGAUAGUCUACAAGGGCUACCACAAACAGACCAAGCAGAAUGUCGCGAUCAAGGUGCUCAAUUUGGACACGGAGGAGGAUGAGAUCAUGGACGUCCAACAGGAAAUCCAAUUCUUGCUGGAGUUGAAGAACGUCCCCAACGUCACCCGCUACUAUGGACUGUUCUUAAACGAUACUAAGUUGUGGAUCAUCAUGGACUACUGCGCCGGAGGCUCGGUACGCACCCUUUUGAAGCCAGGGGUAUUUGAAGAGAAAUACGUUGGUGUCCUUUUGCGAGAGGUUCUCUACGGUUUACUGGCAGUACACAAGCUUGGCGUGAUCCAUCGUGACAUUAAGGCCGCCAAUAUCUUGAUUUCCAAAGAAGGGCACGUCCAGUUAUGUGAUUUUGGCGUGGCGGCGAAAACACUGAAUCUGGCCAAGAGAACGACAAUGGCGGGCACUCCGUUUUGGAUGGCACCGGAAGUAAUCCGUGAAGGCGACUCAUAUGACUCUAAAGCUGAUAUCUGGUCGUUGGGGAUUACCAUCUACGAAAUUGCUCUGGGUAAUCCACCUUAUUGCGAUAAAGACGCCAUGUGGGCAAUGCAGAUGAUUCUGAAACUGCAGCCACCGAGACUUGAAGGCCGUGAGUACAGCGCCGUGCUCAAAGAGUGCAUUGCCCUUUGUCUAGACGAGCUGCCUGACGAACGUCCUCUGGCGGACGAUUUGCUUAAAUGCCGGCUUGUGCGCCAAUAUAAGAACACUCCCCGCACCAUAUUAAGGGAAGUGAUCAGUCGGUAUUUGCUUUGGCGUGAUCGGACGCAAAGAGAGCUGGUUUACGACGACGCUCAGCUGAUCGUGCUGGAGCUCCCCCGCAACGAUAGUGACUUUCAAGUGAAGUGGGACUUCGACUCGUUGCUGAGUCGCGAAUACAUUAUAGAAAACGACAUUGAGCCCGCUGCUGAAGACCCCCACUCGGAUGCAUUUGGUGUUUAUACUGCCUACCAUCAGGCGCACCCGGCAGCUGACGAUACUUACCAGCUGAUGCCGACAAUCGGGGCACUGAUGACUCUGGGAGGACUCCAUCUGAGCACUCGCUACGCCAAUUCCACACUAAAAGCACCAAGUCAACCUGGGGACGACCUGGAAGUACCUAAACUGUUGGCUAAGUUAUUUGCCGAAGAGCUCGAGGAAAGCCACGCCAGCAAAUCUGGCUACGAACCACCAGCAGCACCGCAUAGCUUCAAUCAUGAACGCACGGAGCUGCCCAUCAUUGAGAUCCCCGAUAUGGAGGCGCUUAGUCUCGAGACACCCACACCACUGCUGACGGCACUGGCAGCACCGGAUAAGUUCCCCACCACGGCGAAACCGCCGCAAUUGCUCCACAGUCAGCUGGCUCUGGCUCAGCUUGAGCUGAGGUUUCAACAGCAGGCGCCACGAGCCCGCAAGAAGACCAUCUCCAACUCGUUGGGACUGAACCUGGCCAUCCAAAUACAACUGCACACGCCUCCUUAUGCGGGACCACAACUAAAGACACCGCUGCCUAAACCUCCAGGGACAAUGGCAGCAGCAAUGGCACUGGCACUGGCGAAUGCGCUGCCGCUGAAGAUGAAGCCAUUAGUGGUCGGGGGAGCUAACCCAUUAUUACAACCGAUCAACUUUAAAAGUGAGAGCCAAUCUACACUGCCACAGCCGCUGAUUACGCUGCUGACGCUGCUGACACCGGCAACACUGGUGGCGCUGUCUAAGGGUCCAGCAAAGCGGAAACCGGGAUUCCACUUACAGAUGCCGACACCAACGGCACCGAACCCGCUCUCGCUGCUCACGGGCCCUCAGGACGACGACAACGUCAACCAGUUUGGUAUCAACCCGGCGCAGGCAGCCGCGAUCCCCAUGGUGAUGACGCCAGUGGCGGAGACCAAAGAUGAGAGUAGCAGUGGCAGCGCAAGCUUCCAGGCGCCACCUACUCUACCGGCAGCAGUGCCACCUCCCACUACACGUAAGCGACUGAUGACGGCGAUCGACACCUCGCAGGCACCCCCAAUGAUCCCGCCGCUGGUGCCACGCCAGAACCCGGUGGGGAUGACGCUGCCGAUGGGGGUGCUGCUGCUGCUGCACCCAUCAAGCAAGUUCCCCCCCAUCCCGCCGAUGCCAGCGGAGAUAUUUGUCGAUCUGACGCCGCGGCUGAAGCUUGCGGGCGAGGUGGAGAGCAUGAUCCGGCUCCUCACCCAGGGGUUGGAGGCGUUGGAGGAUCAACUAGCAUAG